AUGGCUACUUCAUGGACAAGCCUGUCUAGUAUUCAAAAAAUAGCCUUGGGCCUUGGAAUCCCAGCAAGUUCCGCAAUUGUCCACAUCCUAUACUGCCGAUACAGGGAGAGCAGAGAAGAACGAUUGCCAUUUGUUGGAGAAGACGAUAUCGAGAUAGAGAUGCGAAUUCCCCAGGAGGCUGUGAAGCUGAUCAUUGGUCGACAAGGAGCCAAUAUUAAACAGCUGAGGAAACAGGCGGGCGCUCAGAUUGACGUGGACACGGAGCAUGUAGGCCAUGAGCGAGUGCUGCUUAUCAGUGGCUUUCCUGUUCAGGUGUGCAAGGCGAAAGCAGCAAUCCAUCAGAUCCUGAGAGAAAACUCCGCGAUGUUUGAGCAACUCUCAGUCCCCCAACGAUGUGUGGACAGAAUCAUAGGGAGAGGUGGCGAGACAAUUCUUUCUAGCUGUAAGGCUUCUGGAUCCAAAAUUACAUGCGAUAAAGAAUCAGAGGGGAAGUUACUACCAAUCAGUGUGAGAAGAGAAGAAGUGAUGGAGCCAGGUGGAGCUGGUGAAGCAGCUUUAUGGAAGAAUACCGGUUCCAGCAUGGGGCCAGCUGUACCCCUGGAGGUUCCUCUCCGCAAAGGUGCUGGUGAUACGGUAGCUGCAGGACCAAAAGAAAGUUCCUGGGAGAAACCUAAUGAUGACAGUCUUGAGAAUCCUGGUGCCCAGAACAGUCCAGAGAAGUCCAUGAUUGAAGUUCCCAGUCCUGACUUCAUCUUCCAUAAGGAUGAGUACCUAGAAGGCUCUGAACACCCUAACCACUUCUGGAUCCUCAUUGGCUCCCACAUCCUCCAACUGGAUCAACUUCUCAUUGAGAUGACCCAGCACUAUGAAAAUAGUCUGCCUGAAGACUUAACUGUGCACGUAGGAGACAUUGUAGCAGCUCCUUAUUCUGCAGAUGGUUCCUGGAAUGGAGCCCAGAUUCUUGGUACCCUGGAAAAUGGGAACUUGGACCUCUAUUUUGUGGACUUUGGAGAUUGCUCACUGAAGGAUCUCAGGGCUCUCAGGAGUGACUUCCUGAGCCUUCCCUUUCAAGCAAUGGAAUGCAGUCUGGCACGAAUCGCCCCCUCAGGUGAACAGUGGGAAGAGGAAGCUCUAGAUGAGUUUGAGAGACUUGCUCACUGUGCUGAGUCGAAGCCAUUGGUAGCCAAGAUCUCUAGCUAUGUCCAGACUGGAAUCUCAACUUGGCCAAAAAUCCAUUUAUAUGAUACCAGCAAUGGGAAGAAACUUGAUAUUGGGCUAGAAUUAGUUCACAAAGAAUUAGUUCCUGGAGAUGUGGAAGAAGAUGGAACUGUCCCAGAUGUGUUAAAGGACAUGGCCCCUGAAACAGAUGCUUCUCUGGCCAGCAUGCUCAAUGAGGCCAAAAAGAGGCCUGAAGAGACACCACAUCCCCUAUCCUGCCUCAGCUUAUCAGAAGAAACUAUAUAG